AUGCUACACUCUUCCCUCGCCGUCGUUCUCAAGUUCGUCGCCGCGGUUCUCGUGGUGUCCAUCCACCCUGCUUACUCGGCCAUGACUCGCGUCCCGCUUGGCCUGCUGACGCUCGCCCGUCGAAGUGAUCGCAGGCAGGCCCCCUCUCAGGCGCAGUGUUGGCCUACCAAGCUCCAACCCAACAAGCCGGGUUACCAAGACCGUUGCGGCGCCGUAAGCGAUCCGAAGCACCCCUGCCUGACGCAAUGGAACGGUGAUUUGAGCCAUGUCCAAGCUCGUCCCUAUCUCGAGCCACUCGCCAUCGAACGGACUCUUUUCAUCAAGGACGAAAACAUGCUCGAUUUCUCCAUGGAUAAACCAGAGGACGCUUUCAUCGUCACCUACCUCGAUGGCGGCAACACUCAACUUAUCUAUUCGGGCUACGAUCAGCAGAGUGGAUGUUAUAACAUCACGCUGCGAGGAGGACAAGAUGACCCGCGUUGGAGGAUUUGGGUAUCGGACGAUAAGGGGAACGAUAGAGACGUUGACACCCGUCAUCACCCCGAGACAACGCAAACGCUUUGCACAAAGUGGAUGCACGUGCAUGUCAAGAAAGACGGUGGCAGCAAUUAUUAG